AUGUCGAAGCUCAACGUGGACAAUCUGAAGAAGGGCAUUGGUCAGAUCCUUGACGGAAGCAAGGAGAAGCAGCGCAAGUUCCUGGAGACCGUUGAGCUCCAGAUUGGCCUCAAGGACUACGACACCCAGCGAGACAAGCGCUUCGCAGGUACCAUCAAGUUGCCGCACGUGCCUCGCCCUCGCUUGAAGGUCUGCGUUCUUGGAGAUGCUGUGCACUGCGAGCAAGCCCAGCGUGCGAACAUUCCGUUCAAGAGUGUGGAGGAUUUGAAGAAGUUGAACAAGAACAAGAAGAUGGUGAAGAAGCUGGCGGACAGCUUUGAUGCCUUUGUGGCAUCUCAGGUGCUCAUCCCGCAGAUCCCGAGGUUGUUGGGCCCUGGCUUGAACAAGGCCGGCAAGUUCCCCACCCUGGUGCAGCACGCGGACAACCUGGAGACCAAGGUGACCGAGGUCCGGAGCCAGGUGAAGUUCCAGCUCAAGAAAGUGCUGUGCAUGGGCGUCGCGGUUGGCAAUGUCGGCAUGACGCCGGAUGAGCUGAGGCAGAACUGCCUGAUGGCAAUUAACUUCCUGGUGUCUUUGCUCAAGAAGAACUGGAACAACGUGAAGCGUCUGCACAUCAAGAGCACCAUGGGGAAGCCUUUCACCAUCUAUGGCUGA